AGUUGCUGGAGUUCCCUCUUCAGCUGUUUCACUUGUUGGUUUGCCGGGGAUUGCGUGUUAGUUGCCGGAGUUUGGCUUUAUUCAACUUUUUAGCAUAUUUCACUUGUUGGGUUUGCUGGAAAUUGACGUGGUAUUUGCCGGAGCAAUGGUGGAAGGCGGUGCAGGACCGGAGUUUCCGGUGGUGUUUUACGAUGGAGAAAGAGAGAUGAAUAUUGGGAGUAUUCGGAUAUACCCUUUGCUAGAAUUCAAAGCGUUUCAGUUGAUGUUAAGCCAGAGGAUCGGAAUCUCACCGAAUCAGAUUUCAAUUUACUUAUGUGAUCGGAAAAGCUCAAAGUUUGAAGAUCGACGGAGGAUACCCAUAACCGGUAAAGCAAAUUUCGGUUUAAUUGCUCGUGAGAAGGACUGUUUCUUUCUCGUGGUUCUAAAACGGUCGCGAAAAUCACGUAACCGAAAGGUAGCAAAAGCGGAUUACGCCGGUGGAUUCAUGACGGAGAAUGAGUUCUCCGUAACUCCACCGGAUAAUCCCAUUCUCCUCCGACGAACCCACCCGAAUCAAAUCGGAUUCGGGUCACCGUUUUUCGAUCAAAUUUCACCAUUAGAACUGGAAAAUUUGAACGAGAAGUUGCAGAGUUUGAAGAUUCAGAGAGACAAUUACAAUUACUCCAUGGGUAUAUCGCAACUGAACUCAAUUCCGAUACAUCGGAAUAAUCCGUACCCGGACCCGGAUCCGUUUCCGAGGAUCCAAGAUACAUUUCCGAUGAAGACGAAAGGUAAAUGCGAGCAAUGCAAGGGUAAUAAUGGAAAUGAAAAAAAUCCCAGUUUUCAUCACUGCAAAAAUGAUCCGGUGAUCGUUGGUGUUUACCGGAGCCGGUUUGGACCGGUGUCGCCGGCCGGUUUUUGUUAGUUUAACCGGCGGUUUAAUUGUACAAAGUUUUUGGGAGCAGAAGAGAGGGAAUCUGCUGCAUUUGUGGUAUAUGGUAAGGAAAAUGUACCAUAAUUUUAGUUUAUAAAAUUAGCCUUAU